AUGCGCACCCUCGCAGCUCUCGCCAUCCUCCUAGCAACCCUCCACGCAGUCUCCGCCUCACCACACAAACCCAAAUCCAACUACAUAGACUGGCACACCUUCCACGCCCGCGGCGUCAAUCUAGGCGGCUGGCUCGAGCAAGAAUCAACCAUCGACACCACAUGGUGGUCCACCUACUCCGGCGGCGCCUCCGACGAAUGGACCCUAUGCGCAAACCUCGGAUCCAAAUGCGCAUCCGUCAUGGAACAACGCUACGCAACCUACAUCACGACGAGCGACAUCGACAAACUCGCCUCCGCAGGCAUAACCCUCCUCCGCAUCCCCACCACCUACGCCGCCUGGGUCCGCGUCCCAGGCUCCCAGCUCUACUCCGGAAACCAGCAGCAGCACCUCCACCGCAUCGCAUCCUACGCCAUCGAGAAACACGCCAUGCACGUCGUCGUCGACAUCCACUCGCUCCCCGGUGGUGUCAACGGUCUUGAUAUCGGAGAAGCCGUUGGCCAUUACGGAUGGUUCUAUAACGAUACUGCACUCGAGUAUUCCCUGAAAGCAGUCGACGCGCUGAUCGAUUUCGUUCAACACUCUGGCCAUCCGGAAAGCUAUUCCAUCGAACCGAUCAACGAGCCUGCGGAUAACAGGAACUUCUCUGCCUUUGGAACACCCGCUGCGCUCUCCGAGCGCGGUGCAGCCUGGUUGUUGAAAUACAUCCAUGCGGUGCUGGAGCACGUUGAGAAUGCCAAUCCCCGAAUCCCGGUCAUGUUCCAGGGCAGUUUCAAGCCUGAGACGUACUGGUCGGGGCAUUUUGAUGCACGUGCGAAUCUGGUGUUUGAUUUGCACCAUUAUUAUUUCCAGUAUGAUAACUCUACCUCUGCCAAUCUUCCCGGGUUCAUCUGUAAGGAUGCCAGGGUGAGUAAGGGGGAUGGGAAGUUUCCUACUUUCGUGGGUGAGUGGGCUAUUGAGGCGGGCAAGCAGAAUGAGUUGGCUUUGAGGAGGAGGAAUCUUAAGGCGGGGACGAGUGCGUUUGCGCAGUUUACGCAUGGGAGUUCGUACUGGAAUGCCAAGUAUGAAAGCAAUGUUACUGUUGCGGGGACGGGGACGGGGGAUAAGGGGGUAAAGGAGGAUUAUUGGAGCUAUGAGAUAUUUAUUGACGCGGGGUAUUUGGAGGGACAGGUGCAGGUGGAGGAUUACUGUAAAUAG